AUGCGGGUUGGGGAAGAAGUUGCUCCUCUGGAAGCCGGCCCUGCCAUCCAGGGGGUUCUGAGCCGGCCCGGCCUGCAGGGCUCCGGCAGGACGGAGGUGGGGGCUCCCCGUCCUAGGGGCCGGCGGCCGCCCGGAGGUUCCUUCGGCCGCUCAGCUGAGCCGUUGUGGUCCGGGCCGCGCGUCCCCGGCUCUGCGCCCCUCCCCGGUGGAACCGCCGUUGCCGCUCGCUGCGCCCGCCUCCCCGAGCGAGACUGCGGGUGGGAGGGGAUCCACCGCCUGGUUCCGUCCGCACCCCCAGCUUCUGUCCACUUGGCACCCGCCGCAUGGGUUCUCGGGCGGACCGAAGUGGCCGGAGACCUAGUGUGCCCCCUCUCCGGCACCAGUGCACCCCCCGAGCGCGGACCCGGGUGGCACUCGGGGAUCUCCCUCGCGCUGGAGGGCCGACCCCGAGAGCUUCCUGGGGGGCCCCCCGGCACGGGUGGGGGCGCGGGGAGCCGGGACACCAGUGAAAGCGGGUCGAGCUCGGGCGCAGCCGAGCCCCGGCGGCGCGACCACAGGUGCCCGCGGCCCGCGCCCGAUCGCGGAGCCCGGCCCGGGACCCCGUCACUAGACCCCGACCCCGGACCCCAGCCUGACCCCGACCUAGGAGCCCGACCCAGCCUCGACCCCAGACCUCGACCCCAGACCCGAUGA